AAAAAUGCUGUUCCAAUCUUGGUAGCGGGAAUGCUAACAACGGGAAUCUCCAACUCUCUUUUCAACAAAUAUCAAGAUAUGCAAUGCGUUGCUCAUUGUGACGAUCCAAAUCCGGCAAAACGGAUAGAUUUCAGUCAACCGGUUUGGCAAACGGCAACGAUGUUCUUGGGAGAGACGUUGUGUUUGGUACCGGUGUUUAUCAUGUUUUUGUAUCAUCGAUUCAUCAAAAGGGCCAGAUGGACAAAGAUGCUGAAACAAGGAGUGGAAGGUAGUGGAACGGAAUAUACACCCGUACGUACUUCUUCACCUGAUGGCACACCUAGAAACUCGCUUGAACAGAACGCAUCUGGUAACGGGGAUGAACAAACACAAGCACUCCUGCCAACCAGAUUGAGAAGGACAAGAAGUGAGGAUGUGGUACCAACUGCUGAUGAAGAAGGAGGAGAGGAAAUGACAACAGCAGCCGCCUCACUCUUUUUCAUGCCUGCUCUAUGCGAUAUUUGUGGUACAACAUUGAUGAACGUUGGAUUAUUGUUUACUCCGGUCAGCAUUUAUCAAAUGACACGUGGCGCUUUGGUAUUGUGGGUGGGAAUUUUCAGUGUCAUCUUUCUUCACCGACAGUUGCACCUCUUUCAAUGGCUUUGUCUCAUGCUAGUCAUGUUAGGUGUUUCGAUCGUCGGCUUGAGUGGAUCUGUGCUCAAUCAAGACACCUCACCUUCAUCACUCAUCACUUCAGGAAAAGGAGAUGAAGAGCUUCCACAAACCGUUGGCGCUUUGUUGGGUGUCUUGUUGAUCUUGUUCGCUCAACUAUUCACUGCGUCUCAAUUCGUGUUGGAGGAAAAGAUUAUGGGACGAUACUCUGUUGAACCGUUGCUUGCUGUUGGUAUGGAAGGUAUUUUCGGAUUGGUCACAACACUCGCAGCCCAAGUAGCACUUCAUUUCCUAUAUGGACGAACACCUGAUGGUAGAGGGGGAUAUUUCGACAUGUCCGCUGGAUGGCAUCAAAUCAUCAACACGCCAAUCGUAUUCUACACAAGCUUUGCAAUCGCUCUAUCGAUUGCACUCUUCAACUUUUUCGGGCUCAGUGUCACUCGUAAUGUUAGUGCAACUGCAAGAUCUACAAUUGAUACGUGCAGAACGUUGGGUAUCUGGGUAGUAAGUUUAUCACUCGGUUGGGAAGUUUUUAGGCCUCUUUCGGGUGGAUUGCAAGUGAUCGGAUUCAUCUUGCUUUGCUACGGAACGUUGGUAUUCAAUUCAGUCAUCAAGCCACCCAAAUUCCUACGACCA